CGAGAGUAAGGGGGAGAAAGGAAGAGAGAAUUUGCUGAAAGGAAGCAUUUUUGUUGGAGGGGAGAAAAACAACCAUGGAAACUCCAUCAGAAGAAAACCAAGACCAGAGGCAGGACAAAAGAGGUUGCUUCGAGUGCUGCAUCAAAUGUUUAGGCGGGGUGCCAUACGCGUCGCUGGUGGCUACAAUCCUCUGCUUCUCUGGCAUUGCCCUGUUCUGUGGAUGUGGCCACGUGGCUCUCACCGGCACCGUGACCAUCCUGGAAACCCACUUCUCCAAGGUCACCAGUGAUCACGCCAUGCUGACUGAUGUAAUACAGCUGAUGCAGUAUGUCAUCUAUGGCAUUGCUUCGUUCUUCUUCCUGUAUGGGAUCAUCCUGCUGGCCGAGGGCUUCUACACGACCAGUGCGGUCAAGGAACUGCACAGCGAGUUCAAGACCACCAUCUGUGGACGCUGCAUCAGUGGAAUGUUCGUGUUCCUCACGUACAUCCUGGGUGUGGCCUGGCUCGGCGUGUUUGGCUUCUCCGCUGUGCCAGUCUUCCUCUUCUACAACAUGUGGUCCACCUGUGCCACCCUGAGGUCUCCCAUGGCCAACCUCACCAACAUCGACUCCAUCUGUGUGGACGUUCGUCAGUAUGGAAUUAUCCCCUGGAACGCCACACCAGGAAAGGCCUGUGGAUCCACGCUAGGUGACAUCUGCAACACCAGUGAGUUCUACCUGUCUUAUCACCUGUACAUCGUAGCGUGCGCCGGGGCCGGAGCCACCGUGAUCGCUCUGAUCCACUUCCUCAUGAUUCUCUCAGCAAACUGGGCCUACCUUAAGGAUGCCAGUCAAAUGCAUGCCUACCAAGACAUCAAAAUGAAGGAAGAGCGGGAGCUGCAGGACAUCACCUCACGCUCAAAGGAAUGCCUCAAUUCCUACACAUAAGGAUACGGCCCGCUCGCGCUCACAGUCCACACACACACACACACACACACACACACGUAAAGACACAUUGACACUGUGGCCGACCACUGUGGCCCCUCUGGACCAAGACAACGCUCAGCUAAAAUAACCUGCCAACUGCUGUGACGCUGUGCAGUACUAACCAGGCUCCUAACAAACUAAUGCAUCAGUGCUGCUUCCUGCACUAACUCACCAAGAAGCGUUUUGGAACUGCCACUCCAAAUUUCAUUUAUGCUGUUUUUUUUUUUGUUUUUUUUUUCAAUUUUUUUGCAGGAAAAUUCAGAUGUCUUGUUUGAUUUUCACUUGCCCUUUUUAUAGCUGGUUUUUGCUGCAAAGCUUGAGACAUUGCACUAUUCUUAUGCAACGCAUAACGGUGACAGUUUUACAGCCUUGCUCUGUCUUUCUUUUUGAGCUGUGGGGGCCAGUUUUCAACAGGGGAAUAUAACUUUUUAUUUGUUUGCUCUUUUUCAAUCAAAAAUGCAGAUGAAUUACACACAUGAUGCAAGGCCUUACAUCCAAUCUGAGUUGGUACUGACACAAGUGAAGCAUGUCCCAACACGUUUUGCUUUGACUUUGCAGUAAGGAAACAGGUCAAAUAUAUAAUGUGGAUCCAGUUCUAAUGUAACAGUGGUGGUAAAAGCAUCCGCAUUUUAAGCCUGUUAAUAAUUGGUUCUAGAUUCUAAUUUUCAAUAUACAGCUUCUUAAAGGUCCCUCAGAAAGUCCAUGGCCUACAUUAACACUACCUCAGAUGUGCACUAGAGCCUAUAGAACAAUUUAACUGGAACAAACAACAACGUCUCCCUCGUAAAACGGUUUGAAAAUCCUAUUUUAAAUGUAAAACCAAGCCUCAGUAUGAACAGUAUUUGGUAGCUGGUAAGCACACACACGCACACACAUCAGGAGCUCCUCUACGUCACAGUAUCAUAGGAUUUGAUUUGUAUGCGUAAUGCCAUAAGAAUAACUUGCUAAAUGCUAAAAGCAAACUGCUGCCAAUAUUGACACAGGAUUUUCACUGCAUUUGAUAUCUUAAAAGUUUGGUUCAUGUGUAUUGCAAAUGCAAAUGGAAAAGGCUUGCCAACAAAGAGAGCUCUCUGAUCCCUCAUAAAUGCUUUUAGCCCAUUAUUUGUUGUAAUAUCUGAUCAUAUAUUGUAAUUUAUGAUCAAAAUUGACUUAAUUUUGCUAAAUCUUUUUUUUUAUAAAACAAGUGUAGCUAUGUCCCAUAUGCGAUGGCGCUAUGGAAAAACCUACAAAUUUAAAGAACUUAACAUGUGAACAAUGUAAACUUGUUACGAGGAUUUUUUUUAGUGUUUUGUUAUUUUUGAAAAUAAAACCACUUAAAUUUUUUUUCUUGAUUUUCUAUAAUUGCACCCGUUUUUGACGUGCAAUUGUCAGAAUGCUGACAUAAUUACUCAUGUAAUCUUUUUAUUUCUAUUAGUUGAGUUACACGGAUAACUUGAUGUUUCUUUGUUGCAUGAAGAAAACUGUUUCUGCAGUGACGAACGUGAUGUACAGUCAUGUAUGCUGACAUCAGUAGUAGGCAGUGUUUGCCUGUUUCCUUUUUUUCUAACUGAAUACAGAUUAAUCCAUUUUAUGUAGCUGAUUAGUUAUAGCUGUUUUUUUAGGUUAUUUUAUUCAAGUCAAAAGUAUAUGAGUCUUCUAUUAUUUGGUUGCUUGAUAGUAUACUUGUAUUUUCUAUGAAUGUCAAGGGCUUCCUCAUGAAUUACUGAUGCUUAACUUUUAAUUCAGCUUUCAAAUUAACAAUUAGUUGACACACCAGUCAUUUAUAAAGUUGUAUGGCAAUCUAAAUGGUAAAUCUAGCCAAAGUAUGAAUGCCAUUGUGACUCUCUGCCCAGUGUUUUACACAGUAUCUGAGGUAUUGUAGUAGAAAACCUGCAUAGAUCUCUGCAGGACUAACAGCCACAGGUGAACAGUGGAAAGAUGACAGAUGUACAUGAAGCUUGUGUACGUCUAAUCUCGUCUUUGUAUGCUGUUUCCUGCUGAAUGAACCAAAAACUAAAGAAUAAAGGCUACCUAUCAAUCACCAGGAGGACAACAAUCCAGCAUCCUGUCUGACUGGAAACCCCUUUAUGACAUUACUCUACUGGCCUGUUGACUGUUUUUAUGAAAAUAAAAAA